AUGGCUUCUAAUAAGAUUAGAAUUGGUCAAUAUAAUGUAUUACAAACCCUUGGAGUGGGCUCCUUUGGCAAAGUUAAAAUGGCCGUUCACUCCAUAACUGGUCAUAAGGUAGCCAUGAAAUUUAUCAAUAGGAAAAAAAUUGCAAAUUUGGACAUGGUUGGAAGGGUGAAACGCGAAAUUCAAUAUGAAGUUAUUACAACACCAACCGACAUUAUUAUGGUAAUGGAAUAUGCCGGAGGCGAGUUAUUCAAUUUUAUUGUUGAAAAAGGCAAGAUGUCGGAAGAUGAUUCUCGAAGAUUCUUUCAGCAAAUUAUUUGUGCUGUUGAAUAUUGUCAUCGACACAAAGUUGCACACCGAGAUUUAAAACCUGAAAAUCUUCUUUUGGAUCCUUAUCAAAAUGUAAAAAUCGCGGAUUUCGGAUUGUCAAAUAUAAUGACCGAUGGAGAAUUUUUGAAAACGAGCUGCGGAAGUCCAAAUUACGCGGCACCAGAAGUCAUUUCUGGAAGGUUGUAUGCAGGACCCGAAGUUGAUGUGUGGAGCUGCGGUGUCAUUUUGUAUGUUAUGCUUUGCGGGCGUCUGCCAUUUGACGAUGAAUAUAUUCCAACAUUAUUCAAAAAAAUUAACGGUGGUAUUUAUACGCUUCCUUCAUUUUUAUCACCCGAGGCAAAAUAUCUUUUGUCUUCGAUGCUCGUCGUGGAUCCCAUAAAAAGAAUAACUAUUCAUGAUAUCAGACAAAAUCCAUGGUUUAAUAUUGGGUUACCUGAUUAUCUUAAACCCCUUCCUGAAAGUGAAGAGGAUCCAUUUGCUGAAAUAGAUAAUAAUAUUGUGACAGAACUUCAUAAGAAAAUGGGUUUUAGUAGGAAUACUAUAUAUCAGGCAUUACAAGAGUCCGAAAACAAUCAAAUCAAAGUGGCAUACCAACUUGUGGUGGAUCAUAAGCGUAUGAUUUGUGCUGGAAGAAUAUCCGGACAGAAAAGUUUCCAAAGUUUUCUAUCAACGUCGCCUCCUUCAUGGAUUUCACCUCAGAAUACAAAGGAAAAAGAACGGAUGAGUGAGGAAGUUGGUGACGCUCCUUCAAGUAUCACAGUAUUAAAUUCUAGUCUGCCUCCUAAUGAAGCAUAUUUCAGAGCAGGUAAUGGUAAUUGUGAUAAAAUGCCAAAAACACCGACUUUAAGAAAGAAAUCCAGAUCGAAAUGGCACUUUGGAAUUCGUUCGCGAAGUCCUCCGUUAGAAGUCAUGCUUGAGAUUUAUCGUGCCCUAAAAAAUUUAGGAAUGGAAUGGAAGACGAUUGAUCCUUUCCAUGUUCGGUGUAAAUAUAAUUAUUCUAGCGGUUUACGAGCAAGUGUCAAGAUAGAUUUACAACUUUAUAGACUUGAUACUAAUAACUAUCUUGUUGAUUUUAAAAAUGUUGGAUAUGAGUUAUCUACUAACAGUCAUUAUUCACACAAAUUUGAAACUAAUAACAAAUUUUCCACACCUCCAAUUUCUACCACAACUGUAAAAAUGCUUCAUCAACAAAGGACCAAUGGAAAAGAAGUUACAUCGAUGUAUCCAUUUUUUGAUGUAUGCACGAAAUUAAUUACGGAAUUGGCAAUAUCCGGAUGA